CGGGGUGUGGCCGCUCUGCCGCCAGGGGGCGCCGUAGGCCGCAGAGGCUCGGCGCACCUGGCUCCAGGAUCAGUUGCCGACCCUCCUGUCCGCCUCGGAGGGUCCCCGCAGCUCCACGCCGAUCUCUGGCUCCCCGGGUCCCUGCCUCGCGGACCUCAGCCCCCAGCCACCCCACCAGACCCCUAACGGGACCCCACUGCCGCUCUCCGGCCGGGAAGCGCCGAUUUCCGCCGUGCGGCCAGGCUGGUGUCCGCGCCGCCAUGCUCUCGCUCGGGGACCUGGUGCGCGACUGGCACCGGGGCGCGCAGGCUGUGGCGCGCGGAGAUUGGGGCUGCGCCCUGCGCCUCUUCUCGGGCAUUCCAGAGCCGCCUGCCAGGAUGAGCUUCAACGUGGGCUGCGUGCACCUGCUGGCGGGGGACCCAGAGGCUGCGCUGCAGGCAUUUGACCAAGCAGUGACCAGGGACGCCUGCCUGGCUGUCGGCUUCUUCCAGCGAGGGGUGGCCAACUUCCAGCUGGAGAGGUUCCAGGAGGCCCUGUCUGACUUCCAGCUGGCCCUGGCACAGCUGAAGGACAACGCCGCCAUCGACUACACCCAGCUGGGCCUGCGGUUCAAGCUGCAGGCCUGGGAGGUGCUGUUCAACGUGGCUGCAGUGCAGUGCCAGCUGGGGCUCUGGGUGGAGGCCACCCGCAGUCUAGAGGAAGCCAUCUCCAAGGGGCCAGAGGGGGCCCGCGGUGACCUAGACGUUGCCCUGGGCCAAGUGCAGGAACAAGCCCCCCUGCAGCCUCGGCAGGUCCCCAGGGGCGAGGUCUUCCGGCCGCGCCAGCGGCACCUGGAGCACCUGGAGCCUGUGGACUUUCUGGGCAAGGCCAAGGUGGUGGCCUCCGCUGUCCCUGAUGACCAGCACGAGGGCGUCCGGCCUCAGCAGCCACAGGAGGCGGUCACUCUGUGCCCACAGGCUGGCAACGAACACGGUGACGCCAGGCCCCGGGCUGCCGCACGAGCUGGCACCCCUUGCGGCCCCAGGAAGCCACCUGACGUGGAGAUGGAGAUGGGCUGCGGGCAGGCCGAGCACGGCAGGCUGCUCACCUCCGCCGAGCAGCGUCCCCACGUGGAGCGGGUUGACCAGCAGGCUCCUCCAGCGCCCACCUGCUCACCGCCAUCUGCAGGGCUGCUGGCAGCGGAGGGGCCAGACCCUGGAUCGUCUGAGGAUCCUGCAGGUGCUGGGGGAGCGGCUACAGGGCGGCCGGCAGCUCUGGUGACCGUCCUGGUGCAGUGCGCCUUCACCCUGGCCCUGAGGGCCCCAAGAGGAGCUGACCUGUCCAGCCUGCGGGCCCUGAUAGGCCAGGCCCUCCCUCCCCAGGCCCAGUGUGGGCAGCUCAGGUGGGCUGGGAAGGGGGGCGGGUGCCUCUCGGCCCUGGCCUGGGAGAAGGCCCAGCACAGCGGAGGGCUUAGAGGUCAGAGGUCAGCAACCCCCCACCCCAGCCCCCGGCUAGCGCCACCCACUCUGAGGCAUCUCCUUGCAGUUACCGAGAUCCUAGUGACGGCAGCUGCUGGGUGCCCCUCACGGGGGAGGAGGCGCUGCAGACGGCCUGGCGGGAGGCGGCCACCGGCCCUGCGGGGCUGCGGCUCCAGUGCAGGGGAGUGGGCGGCCGGCCUGUGCUCUACCAGGUGGUGGCCCAGCACAGCUACUCCGCGCAGGGGCCUGCGGACCUGGCCCUGCAGCCAGGGGACACCGUGGACGUCCUGUGCCAAGUGGACCAGGCGUGGCUGGAGGGCCACUGUGACGGCCGCGUCGGCAUCUUUCCCAAGUGCUUCGUGGUCCCAGCCGACCGGCGUGUGUGAGGAGUCAGCCCUAAGAAGCCCGUGGCUGGAAGCGUUUAAUAAAAGCCCUCUGCCCUGCCAAGGAAUGGUGUACCUUCUGGGCUCGGCCCCUGAGAGGGCCUGACUGAGGCUGGGGGAACGGGGCUGCUGCUCCAUGAAAAGCCCACGUUGCCCGGACACGGGCUCUGGCAGCUCCUAGAGACCCCGGGGCCCACUGCCAGCCCCUCCUGGAGAACCAGGCGCCUUUUUCUUUUUUCCCCUGGCUGUGCCCGAGGCAUGUGGAAGUUCCCAGGCCAGGGAUCAAACCCAGGCCACAG